CGCAUGAUCAUCAGCUGAGAGCCGUAGACGUGUUAGACGUGGCUUUGCGACGUUGUUCGCAGCCUUUGGAGUAGUUCUUCACUCGUAGAACAGCUGGAGAGCACCGCUAUUGCCAGCGAGCCCGGCAACCCACCGCAAGCAAAACGCUGUCAGCAUCACCAUGGCUCGAGUCCUGCUGCUCGCAGCCGGCGUCAACGCCCUCGUGGCCCCACCAACGCAACAAAGGCCACGAUCAGCCCUGCGCGCCGCCGUCUCGAAGGCCGACGUCAUGAAGUGCCUCGGCCGCGAGUACCGGAGCUUCUUCGCGCCUCUAGAGGACGAGUACUACUCGUCCAGCGUGACCUUCGACGACCCCCUGAACAGCCUGAGCGGCCUCAAGGCCUACCGGAACAACGUGGACAUGCUCGCGGGCCGCACGUUGUUUGGAGGUCUUUUAUUUAGCGACGCGGCGAUCAACCUGCACGACGUCCGCGAGUUGGACGACGGCCGAUUACAAACGAGAUGGACGCUGCGCGUGUGCUUCUCCGCGCUGCCGUGGGCCCCUACCGCUAGGUUUACAGGCAUUUCGGUAUAUGACCUCGAUGCGGAGAAUAAAAUUAAGGGCCAGACGGACUACUGGGACUCUAUUGAUCUGAAACAGGGGUCCUACAGCCGCUCGUCGAAACCCGACGCCGUCCAGGACUUCGCAAAUCAGCUCUUCGGGGGCGACAAAACGUCCGAUGGCGAGCUGCCCUACGAGCUCUUGAGAAGAGCGGACUAUUCUGUGAGAAGGUACCCCGCCGUGUCGGUGGCCGAGGUGGCCUACGACGUGCGGCCCGAGGGCUACGACAUGCUCGGGUCGUAUACCGGUGGGUUUAACGAAAACGACGCGAAGAUGACGCCCUUCCUGCCGUCGAUCAUCACGGUGCCGCGGUCCGGCGGCGGCGCGAAGACGAUGACCUGGCCCGUGAGCCUGGCGGAAGACGACCUGCCCGGGAGCCGCGUCGUCAAGACGCGGCGCGCGCGCGAGCUGACGGUCGCGUGCCUCGUCUUCCCCCAGGCCGCGACGGAGGACGCGGUGCAGUACUGGGCACGCGAAUUGGAAAAAAAGCUCGCGGCGGACGGCCUCUCGGGCGCCCCCGGCCACGAGACCAACUACGUCGUCGCGCAGUACGACGCGAUCUUCAGCGUCGGGGACCGGCGCAACGAGGUCUGGAUACCGCUCGCGCCGGGCCACCCCUGGGAUAAUUAAUCUUGAGC